UAUCUUGCAAUGGAGCGGCUUGAUCAAUUUGAGCAAAACAUUCCUAUUUAUAAAGGCCUUAAGAGAGUAGAGUAUGAAAAGAUCAUACUGAAGGGUGAACCCUUUACUGACGACGAAUUCCCACCAGAAUUCUCCUCUCUAGUUCACCCAGAAGAGUUCAAAGGAUCUGUUGUUGGUGAUUCAAAAUAAAAUAUGGCAAGAGCAAAUAGAAUGGAAAAGGAUCUCUGAAAUUUACCCAGAAGCUGAGCUUUAUAAAGAAGAAAUUACAACAAAUGAUAUUAGAGGAGGAAUCUUUCACCAAAGCUCCAUUCUUGCAUCUAUGUACAGAAUUGCCCAAGAUUCUGGGAUGGCAAUUAAAAAGUUAUUUAUGACUAAAGAUAUCAACCAAGCUGGCAUCUACAAUCUCAAGAUAUUCGUAGAUGGGUCUCCUAAGAUUGUCACUAUUGAUGACUACAUUCCUUAUAUGGAAGGAUCUAGCCAGCCAGCAUUUAUCCAUACAAGCACUAAAUGUGUUUGGGCACUUCUCCUUGAGAAAGCAUGGGCAAAGGUAUGAGGAAGCUACGAAAAGGCUCUAUCAAUGAAUUCUUAUGAAUUCUUUAGCUUUGCUACUCCUUAUGCAGUCAAGAGUCUAUCUCAUAAUGUACCAAAAGAAAGAGAAAACUUCUUAUGGUCAAAUGUGAAAGUAGGCUACAGCAAUGGAUACUGGGUGACCACUGAAAGUAUUGAUUCUUCAAAAUGAGAAUCCAAAGGUAUCUUCAAGAACAAGACUUAUACUGUUAAGGGUACAUUUGAAGAAACAAAAGGAGAUUCUCCAGUGAGGCUUAUUCUGCUUGAUAGUCAUACAAAUAAAGACUCUUGGAAAGGUAAAUGGAAAACAUCAAGUGAUGAUUGGACUGAUAGUCUUAAGGAGCUUACAAAUUUUAAUUGUAAAGAAGCUGGUGAAUUCUACGUUUCACUAGAAGAAUUUUUGGAAUUUUUCGCUUUUACCUACAUUGGACUCUAUACUCCAGAGCUUGAAAUAACAUCCCACUUGCCUAUCUCUCAACCUCUGAACUCUUACACUAUUGUAAAAAUGAAUGUCCUAGAAGCAACUGAGAUUGCCUUUAAAAUAACGCUACCUUUUGGACAAGCUUCUUCACCUGUUCGCUUCAUCAUAAACAAAGAUAUUACUACUAAUGAUAGUGUUCCAGAAAAUUAUUAUUUUGUUGACGGAAAAUAUUAUUCAGAAGAGAGAGUUUGUUAUUUAGAAGCCCCUGAGAAGUUCUAUAAAGGAAUUUAUUAUCUCUUUGUAGAAGUAGACAAUGUAGCCACUGACUUAGCCUUAACACUUUUAUCUUCCAGCGUGGUUCAAGCAAAAACAGUUAACAACAGUGACUUUCCUGAUUUCCUUGAAGACAUCAUCACAUGUUACAUGAUAUUAAAAGAAAGCCAAUACAGAUGAAGCAAAGAAGAACCAGAGAUCCAAAUUAAGUACUACAAUGGAAUGAAACUUGCUGGAUAUCUUGCUCAUUACUAUACAAACGAUUCACCUAACUGAACUACUUACAAAGAAAAUUUUAGAUAUGCUGAUAUGGAUGCUCUUGAGUUCCUCUUCCCAUUUGACAAAGAGCAAGAGAACGUGUCUGUUAAUGUACCUCCAGGGAAUAAAGUUCUCAAAAUCAUGAAAAAGAUAGACAUUACUGCAAAAGCUGAUGUUUCUUAUAAUAACUGCUUCGUUGGGUCUGAUGAAUUCUUAGAAAAAUCAUGCAAAGAGAAAGGGAAAAAGAAAGCUGUUAAGAAAGGAGGAGAUGAGCAAUCUAACUGCAUCAUCUCUAUUCUUCAGCAUGAUGCUGGAUACGUGUUUCACUUUGAAAACAAAGAAGAAGUUCAGUAUUUAGAUGCAUACAUAGGAUUCUCAUCUCUUCCAAAUGUAGAGCCUGAAGAUACAUUUGUUAGUUCAAAGACUGGAGAUAGAUGCUGGAACUUCAUCCUAAAACCUGGUGAAGAAAGAUUCUUUCAUAUCAGAAGAAAGGAUUUCAAAUUCAAGUUUGGGCUCACUCAUAAAUCAUCCUACAAACUUAUUGACCCAGACGAAAAUCCAAGAGAUUUUACAUAAUUCAAUCAUUGCCAGAAA